AUUCAAAGCUGACGUUACUUUGAUUAGUCACGGACUGCAAUGGCACUGACUUCUGCUGCUGGACUUGUUUCUCUUUUGGACGACAAGGGUUCUGAUGUCAAAGCAUUUGCUCUAAAACGUCUCUAUGAUAUGGUUGACGAGUUUUGGGCUGAAAUCUCAGAAGCAGUAAUGAAAAUUGAAAUACUUCAUGAAGACUCUAAUUUUGAAUAUAACAAACUUGCUGCUUUACUUGUGUCCAAAGUUUAUUAUCAUCUAGCUGUCUAUGAUGAUGCACUUCACUAUGCUUUAUGCGCUGAAGAGCUUUUCGAUCUAAAUGCGAAUACCGAAUUUGUGGAAACCAUUAUUGCUAAAUGUAUUGAUAAGUAUACCGCUCUUCGAACUGCUCAAGAUCAGCUUGUGGAUUCGUCCGGUUCCGUUGUAACAGAAAAUUCAGACGACAGUACUUGGUCUGUUACUAGUCCAACAUACAAAAGACUAGAACACGUUGUCAACCAAAUGUUUGACCGUUGCUUUGAUCACAAACAGUAUAAACAAGCCCUGGGGAUAGCUAUUGAAACUCGGAGGUUGGACAUAUUUGAGAAGGCGAUAAUUUCGUCGGAUGAUCAAGAGGGCAUGCUUCGCUAUGCUUUUCGUGUUGUGCUCACUUUAAUCGAUAGUGUACGCCUGAGAAAUCGUCUUCUUAAAAUCUUAGUUUCUGUUUAUAUGAACCGAGCUCUUCCCUCCGAUGCUGUAAAUGUUUGUCAAUGCUUAGUACUAAUGGAUGACCCACAGGCCACAGCAGAUACUCUGGAACACUUGUUACUACAAUCACAAGAGGCAGCCGUAACAGCAUAUCAAAUAGGUUUUGAUUUGUAUGAAAAUGCAACCCAGAACUUUCUUCAACGUGUUUCAGCCUCUCUUGCCCGGAGCUCAAAGUUGAGUCAUGUAAUGAGCUUAAUUGAACGUGAUAAAAACGCUGCAAAAAGUUCAAAAACGCCGGAGGGUUCAGCUUGUACCACCGUUGAAACUACAGACGGCGAUAAAAAUAAAUCAGACAACAAGGAAGCAGAAGAAGCAGUGGAAACUGCAUUAGCUAGCGAAACAAACAAAGAGGCUGAAAUACCUGCAGAUGAACCGCUGUCAGAAUUAGAUAAAGAAAUUAAGAAUCGUCUUAUGCACUUGGUCAGUAUUUUAUCAGGAGAUAAAGUAAUUGAAUUGCACCUUCAGUUUUUGAUACGAAAUAACAAAGCUGACCUUCGACUACUUGAACGCAUACGUGAUGAGGUACGACAUUCGGUGACGCAUAAUGCUACAGUUAUUGCAAAUGGUAUUAUGCAUUGUGGAACAACAUCAGAUCAGUUUUUAAGGGAUCAUUUAAAUUGGUUAGGAAAAGCUGUAAAUUGGGCUAAAUUUACUGCUACUGCUACUCUUGGGGUUAUACACAAAGGUCAUGAAAAAGAGGCUUUACGUCUUAUGUCUGCCUAUUUGCCCAAAGAUGCAAGCGGUUCAUCCGGUUCCGUGUACACUGAAGGUGGUGGUUUGUUUGCUCUAGGUUUGAUUCAUGCUAAUCAUGGUGGAACGAUGACAGAAUAUUUGCUCAAUCAAUGCAAGGAGGCUACUGCAGAACCUGUCAGGCAUGGUGCAUGUUUAGGCCUUGGUUUAGCUGCUAUGGGGACCGGUAGAGAGGACGUGUAUGAUCAAAUUAAACUUAAUCUUUAUCAAGAUGAUGCAAUUACAGGUGAAGCAGCGGGUAUUGGUAUUGGUUUAGUCAUGUUAGGAACUGGGUCAACACGAGCUAUUGAAGAUCUACUUGGUUAUGCUAAAGAAACAGCACAUGAGAAGAUUAUACGUGGCGUUGCUUUAGGCAUUGCACUUGUCAUGUACGGUCGAGUUGAAGAAGCUGACGAACUUAUUGAUAAUCUAAUUAUUGAUAAUGAUCCCAUUUUACGUUGGUCUGGUAUGGCAACAAUUGCAAUGGCUUACUGUGGGACUGGUAAUAAUCAGGCAGUGAAACGUUUACUCCACGCUGCAGUCAGUGACACCAAUGAUGACGUCCGACGAUGGGCUGUUACAGCUCUUGGUUUCGUUCUAUUCAAAAAUCCUGAGCAGGUCCCAUCACUAGUGUCCUUACUCGUUGAAUCCUACCAUCCUCAUUUGCGAUAUGGUGCUGCUAUGGCUGUAGGAAUAGCCUGCGCGGGAACAGCCCUUAAAGAAGCUGUUAGUUUAUUAGAAACUUUACAUGAAGGAACAGUGCCAUUUGUUCGCCAAGGUGCCUUAAUUGCUAAUGCAAUGGUAUUAAUUCAGCAGAAUGCGGUUACCUCCCCAAAGUCUGUGGAUUUCCGUCAGAAAUUGUUGAAAAUUAUUGGGGAUCGUCAUGAAGAUUUAUUGGCCAAAUUCGGUGCUAUCAUAGCAUGUGGUAUUUUAGAUGCAGGUGGAUGUAAUAUGACUAUUUCAUUGCAAACACGUACGGGCAAUGCAAAUAUGGCAGCGGCUGUCGGUCUUUUAAUCUUUCAGAAUUUCUGGUUUUGGCAUCCAUUAACCAAUUUUAUCAGCUUAGCAUUUACACCAACUGCAUUAAUAGCAUUGAAUAAAGAUUUGAAUAUGCCAAAGAUACAGUUUCGUUCAAAUGCUAAACCGUCGACUUUUGCUUAUCCUCAACCAUUGCAAUAGAUGGGAUGUGGCUAGCAUUGGAAUCCAAGACGCGGAGACUGACAAGUGGAUAUAGAUGUCUGGAAGCUGAAAUUCAAAUUUAUUUAUAGUAUGAAUUCAAUCAUUCAAUGGUGACGAAUAUGUAGCCAAUUCAAUUUUUUCAACAUAUGGUUUUCACUUCCGGAUCCCCAAAACUAUGUCAUCAAAAUCAGGAAAUGAUCCAAGUUUGACAACUAUUAAAAACCUGGGACCUCUGUAUAACAGUGUAGUUCUAGCAUGGGACUCAUCAGUAGUGCACACCCGCUACUCUGAAACCGGAAGUCGAACCUACGGUCUUACGCACGAACGCCUAACCUGUAGACCAAUGAACUGGAAUAUAAUAAUGUACAAGUCUAAGUUCGAUCAAUCGGUUCGUGUUCUCAUUGAAAUUCAAUACUCUCCAUAAUUCUUUACUGAAAGUGACACACUUAUCAUUGUAGACUUUCUAUAAAACGAUGAUAAAUCAUGUCAUAUUGAUUUGUUAACGUUUUUCGCAAUUAUUCUACUCUUCGAAUUUCCAGAACAGGAAAAAGAAAAGAAACGUGAAAAAGUAGAGACAGCUAUUUUAAGUAUCACAGCUAAACAACGUAAAAAGGAGGCUGAUAGAAAACAACACAAAGAACAACAACAGUCGACAACCACCGGUGGAGCACAAACUCGCAAAGAUUCUCAAACUAAAGAAGUUAAGAUGGAUAUAGAUACUCCACUAGAAACUGUCAAAGAAGAAAAACCUUCAGCAUCAUCAACUGAAACAAAAGAAGAGAAAGAACCGAAUUUCAGUCUACUAAAUAACCCAGCUAGAGUAAUGCGCUCACAACAAAGAUACGUGACCCUUCCUGAAUCAUCUCGUUAUGUAACUUUAAAACCAAUCAGUCAGGUAUGUACCCACUAUCUGUAACAAAUAAUUUAAUUUGAGAUAUCUUUGUUUUGCAAUAACAGAUUUUAAAGUGUUGCGUAACCCACAGAUAUUUUGUAAUUAAAUGUAAUUUUUCUAUAGCUAAUUUUAAAUUAGAACUUGUUUUUUCUUCAAUAAACAAAGCAUUAGUUGUUAGUACUGUAUUUUACAAUUUCAUCUUUCAAGGUUUAAUUUAUCAGGUAGCUCGUCAAGAAAUGCCUUUCAUUGGAAGUAUGUAAAAUCGUUUGUUGCAAAUUUGUCAAAUAAAUCUAACUACUAAUCCUCAGGUUAUGUGGAAGAAACUACUUUUGAGAAAUUCAUUUAUAAAUCGAUUUUAUAAGAAUAAAGUCAUAGCAAAUACGUGACACCUCUUCUACGUUAUAAUUGUAUUCUCAAAUUUGUUUUUAGUCGUCUGUAUCGUGUGCACAUCCUUCUGCUGAUGAUUGUGUAACUGUUUGGCAUGUUAAGAAUAUAGUCUACCUCUUUGUAUUACUAUAUUAUUUAGGGAAAAAUAAUUAAAGAAGAGAAGUAUUUCUUUUCAGUUUGAUUCUCAUCCCUGCUUUAGACUAAUAUAUAUGGUUUAACAAUAAGAAACCUCAUUAAUUUGAUCAUCAUAAAAGUUUGAAAUGUCUUACUACACAAUCUCUCAUUUGCCGAUGCCUUUUUUCUCUCCAGAUUUUUAUUCUGUUUUUGUUGAUUAGCUGUAACCUUCUCCUUACGAAUAUGUGAUAUCACCGCUUGAUUGGUAUUGAUCUUAUUAUUAUUAGUAGUAUAAAGCCGUGAUGAAAAACAAAUUGCAAAAGCGUAUUUCUUCCCUCUAUUCAUCUUUUUAUUGUUAAAUAUCACAAUAAAAAUAAUUGUUGUUCAUUUUAUUGUUUCUAACUUUUUUUCUCUACUGAUAUCAAGGUUAAUUGUUAGUUUAAGUGGUGUGUGGAGAUCGUUGAAUGUUUUUGUAAUCAUAAAUCGAACUAGACUAAAAAAAACCCCAAUGAAAUCUAGUAAUCAUUAGACAACUGUUUCGUCAUAGUGUGAUAUUUCUCAUCAUUGUUAUUAGUUAGAGUGAAACAGUAAAUAGAAAAGCUUAUUUAAAUUCCAGUGGUUUAUUCAGAAACUUGUUGAUUUGAAUGUUAUUAUUUGACCGAUAAUACUAUCCAUAUCAUUUUUGUUAGUUUUCCCAAAAAAUAUUUUGUCAUAUAUUUUCCACAUUAAACCAUUUUCAUGGAUUGAUAAACUUUUUAUUGACUGAAUUAUUGAUCCAUCCUUUUUCAUCAAAUGAUUCGUAUAUUUUCAGUUCAUAGUGCAUAAUAUUUAUGUUAGAUUGGUUUAUUUAUUGUCGUGUGAGCUCGUGAUUUAAUUAUCACUCACAGUGGAGCAGAAAGCUAUCUUUUUGGUUUAAACACUCAACUAUCAGCUACUAGAUAAUAGUCAUGAACAUCACUGUAUAUGAUUUGGCUUCAACACCCAGGUAGUAUCAGUAGUCCCCAGAUCGAGAUUUGUGUAGCCCAAAACCAUGUACACAAACAUGUACUUGUAGCAGUUCACAGAAAAUGAGCCGACUAUUUUAUGAAUUUAAAUUAUACAUGUCUAAUUUUUAUGCUUUUUCCUUUAUUGUAAAAUAAGUAUAUAAUUUAUUUUGAAAUCGUUCUUAUAUGUGUUGAACGUCCUUUAAAAUUCAAUUUUUAUAAUACAUUUAUAGGGUGGAAUACUGAUGGUGCAAGAUAAGAGUCCUCAAGAUGCAGAAGUUCUAGUUGAAAAUGUACUUGGACAUGGCCCUACCUUAGAACGAUCAGGAGUCGGUGGAGGAACUGGGUCAUCUAGUGGUACAAGUAGCUCUGAUCUUGCUGCUGCAUUAGGCUCUGGAUCUAAUUCUAAAACAGAGCUUAUUCAUGCAUCAACCAUUGGAGCUUAUCUUGACGAGGAUGAUGAUGACGAUGAUGAGGAAGAUGAAGAUGACGAUGAAGAUUCUUCUAGUGAUAUGCAUGAAGAAGAUGAAGAUGAUGAUGAAGAAGAGUUUGAUGUAGCUGCAGCCACUGUUUCGACUGUUGAAAUCGAAGAGUCUGACGAUCACACUUCUAAAGGAGAUAUAGAAAUGAGUGAGAGUAGUACAGAGGUGAGACGCGACAAAAGUCGUGGAACUACUUCAAGUCGUCGUGGCAGCAAAUCACAUGUAUCAAGCUCUGAACCAAAUCCACCAGAACCGUUUCUAUACAUAGAAGAAGGUACAACAUCGCAAACAACAACAUCUAGCAUUGCUGGCAGCAGUAGUACAAGUAGUAAAUCAGACUCCACUGUAGCUACAGACACCUCUUCUACUAAUGCUAAACAGUCACCUCCAACUUCGUCCUCCGAACCAAUGGAUGUUAUAAUGGAAACUGAUAAAGAAGCAGAAAAGAAAUCAGAUUCUGAAUUGGAUAGCAAGUCAAAAGACAAUAAUGACAAAUAAAUCGAUAAUAGUUUGGUUUCAGCUUUAUGUUCAGUGCCAUGCAAACUCUUUUUCUUUGUUUUGUUACAUUCUCUGGUAUUACACUUCUGUACGCAUGGAAAAUUCGAAUGUAUUUUUCUUUACUUGUUCAUUUUUGACUCACUGAAUGUGUCUAUUUUUUGUCUGAAAACUGAUGUAUAAAUGUAUCAGUUUUGUUUCUUCCGAUGAGAAAGAUAUAUAUACCGACGUUUCAAAAGUGUUAACUUAAUCUGUAUAGAAGCUUGAAAAUAAGUUUUCUCUUCU